UUGAGAUUUUCCAGAGGAGGAUGGUCAAUAACCUCUGGGAUUUAAAGAAGCGCCUUCCUGAAGAAUACCUCCUUAGAGACGACGACUGGUCUUUCCUUGGUAUUGCUGUUGACGUUCUUGAGCCGGUCUUUCGUCUUACAAAAAGAUUUGAGGACAGGGCGCCUCGAAUCGCUGAGGUAGCAGCAUCUUUGCACUACCUACUCGAUCACUUCGCCGGCAGCGAAGUAUUUACAUUGACAAUAUCGCAAGUCCUGCGAUGGACGGCCCUGACUUCGCUGGCACCUUAAUCUUCGUUGGGCAUCAGCUACCGGCAUACAGCCGAUCGCGCCGCCGAAUACCCAGUCAGAGAUCUUCUCUGACCAACAGCAACGGCAGCGGCGCCAGCCUGGGAAAUAUAGAGACAGCGCGGACGACCCAGAGAUUGCGGGAAACAAAGAGUCAGCUGAGUUCUCCGACCGGCAAAACGUUCGUGCGUCAAGGAUCAGUCUUGCUCUUGCCAUCUAUAAGAUCGACAAAUAUUAUUCCUACACCGCUAUGCCCUUGGGCUUGCCGGACCUUCAACAACUUACUAUACAAAAAACCGCGCCCUCGUGGGCCGGGUGAAAAACCCAAGAUCGACAAAUACAUCGCCACUCUGGAAGACUCGCCUGCUUACUGGGUAGCGAUGAUCCUGCAUCCUGGGCUCAAGAAGCGAUGGAUUGAGAAGCACCUCUCCGAAGAACACGCUCAGCGUAUCAUUUAAGGCUUCAAGAAGUUCUUUGACGAAGAUUACAACGAGCAGGGCUCUCUAUCCCCCCAACAGUCUGUUCAGACUCGACCGAACCACCUCAUCGACGAAGACUU